AGUACAAAAGCCGGUGGUUUUGCAUUGCAAAUUCGCAUUCGUGCAAAGCAAAGCGGUUCUUUGGUAACUGUUGGCUAGCAUUUUCUGCAGGAGAUUCACAGCGCUAAGUGCGGGUGACUCUUGUGGAUUUGAAGAAUUUCGAGGAUAAGCAUUCGUUUACUUUCUCCAGUGAUGUCUGUCGACGCAAUGAGCAGCGCCUACAUGGCCCCCCGUGGCAUGAUGGGUGUGCCCCAAACUCUUGGUGGCUCUGUACCAUACGACGGCGCUUUCUUCCCCUACCAGAGAAACGCAACUGUCGUAGACACGGUAUCCAGCGACAUGCUACACAUGGUUCACGAGCACUGGUACCAAUUCCCCCCAAUGAAUCCCCUCUGGCACAGCUUGUUGGGGGUCGCCAUGGUGGUCUUGGGAAUCAUCAGUGUCAUCGGAAACGGGAUGGUCAUCUAUCUCAUGUCUUCCACCAAGAGCUUAAAGACCCCGACGAACAUGCUGAUCGUAAACCUUGCCUUCUCGGACUUCUGCAUGAUGGCCUUCAUGAUGCCAACCAUGGCUGCUAACUGCUUCGCCGAAACAUGGAUUCUGGGCCCUUUCAUGUGCGAAAUCUACGGCAUGGUGGGCAGUCUCUUCGGCUGCGUAUCCAUCUGGACCCUGGUCAUGAUCUCUUUCGACCGAUACAAUGUCAUCGUCAAGGGCAUGUCCGCAGAGCCCCUCACGACCAAGAAAGCCUUCCUCGAGAUCCUCUUCGUUUGGGCCUAUGCUCUUGUCUGGACUCUGCUCCCAUUCUUCGGAUGGAACAGGUAUGUUCCUGAAGGCAACAUGACCAGCUGCACCAUCGACUAUCUGUCCAAGGACAUGAACUCCAUGUCCUACGUGGUCGUCUAUGCCCUGUUUGUCUACUUCGUACCCCUCUUCACUCUGAUCUACAACUACACAUUCAUCGUACGCGCCGUCUCCAACCACGAGAAGCAACUGCGAGAACAGGCUAAGAAGAUGAACGUCACAUCCCUCAGGGCAAACUCUGAGCAACAGAAACAAUCGGCUGAGAACCGAUUGGCUAAGAUCGCCAUGAUGACAGUUGGACUGUGGUUCAUGGCCUGGACCCCUUACCUGUCUAUCGCAUGGAGCGGUGUUUUCAGCACCGGCAAGCGCCUUACUCCCUUGGCGACCAUCUGGGGAGCAGUGUUCGCCAAGGCCGUCGCCGUGUACAAUCCCAUCGUAUAUGGAAUCAGCCAUCCAAAAUACAGGGCAGCGUUGCAACAGAAGUUCCCCAGUCUUGCCUGCGCCAGUGACGCUGGUGACCACGGCAGUGAUACACGCUCAGAAGCCACCAUUGUCGGCGAUGAAAAGCCCCCCAAGAAUCCAGAAGCGUAAAUUCGUCUUUUUUAAAAGAGGAUGCUUUUCCUUAUUUUGAAGCUUUGUAAUUUACGCGCUUUUAAACUCGGACUUCUCCUCGUGAAAAGUCGGUUUUUUGUUCUUGUUGGCAGAUAGUGGACAAUUUUCUGUAUGAACGCCUUAAUAAAACUGCUUUAGUUA